GUCAACGGUGAUGGAUGCACUGAAACAACCCCGAUUGAAAGUGACUGUAUUGCCGUGAAUUAACGGAUGACUUGUACAGGUCGUAGCUUCCUCAUUUUAUCUUCGCGAAUCACAUCAGACAAACAGACAUGUGCUCCAUGAUGUAAGUGAGGAAAUGGGAUAUUGGCGGUAAGUGAGACAUUUUGGCUCAGGUGCCGACACGAAGUCGCACUCGACGCCACAAACUGCCACCGAAGCCCACCUCUUAGCUUGCCCAUCCAGGAGGACAGAGCCCACUAUCGCCGCAUCAUUUCCGCUUUUAGUUGUUCCUCUUAGCUUGCCCAUCCAGGAGGACAGAGCCCACUAUCGCCGCAUCAUUUCCGCUUUUAGUUGUUCGCCGAGAAGAUGGCGCCUCUCUCCAGACGGGUCCAAGACUCAAAUCCUCUAUAUAAGUCUCAUGAGGGCGCUCUUCAUUCAGCUCCCUCUUCAUCGCCGAUCCCACUUCGCUUCUUCCAUAAUCCCUUCACCAUCAAGUUCAUCAUGUUUGGACUUGGCCCUGCCCUCUUGGUGAGCCUUCUGGCCUUCCAGAAUGCACUCGCAUUACCUGGCACUAGCCGUGCCCAUAUCGAGAAGCGUGAUCUCAAUUCCUGGAUCACGACUCAAAGCCCUUAUUCCUUGACGAGACUGCUCUGUAAUAUCGGUGCAGACGGAUGCGCCGCUUCGGGUGCUGCGUCCGGAGCAGUCGUUGCUUCCCCGAGCAAAAGCUCGCCAGAUUAUUGGUAUACCUGGUCACGGGAUUCAGCUCUUGUCUUCAAAUACCUCGUGGAUAGGCUCGGGAAUUCAUACGAUGCAAGCCUGCAGACUAAGAUUCAGAAUUAUAUUAUCUCCCAGGCCAAUCUCCAGGGUGUCACGAACCCGUCGGGCUCGCUCGAUACCGGGGCUGGGCUUGGAGAGCCAAAGUUCAAUGUUGAUCUCACUGCCUUUACAGGAGCCUGGGGCCGUCCGCAACGCGAUGGCCCAGCCCUUAGAGCUGAGGUUCUGAUCGGCUAUGGAAACUGGCUGGUCGACAAUGGUUAUUCUGCUACUGCAGUGUCUUCAAUCUGGCCAGUCCUUGUCAACGACCUUGCCUAUGUUGUCCAAUACUGGAACCAGGGUGGAUUUGACUUGUGGGAAGAGGUGAAUGGAAACUCCUUCUUCACCACAGCCUCCCAGCACCGUGCUCUUGUAGAGGGUAUUGCAUUCGCAGCUAGAAUCGGCAAGACCUGCAACAACUGCGCCACUGUUGCACCACAGAUCCUUUGCUACCAGCAAUAUUACUGGACUUCCAACGGCAACUACAUUAUUUCUAACAUCAAUGUCAACAACGGGCGCACUGGAAAGGAUGCUAACUCCAUCCUGACCUCAAUCCACAGCUUCGACCCCGCAGGUGGUUGUGAUGCUGCCACGUUCCAGCCAUGUUCUGACCGUGCUCUUGCAAACCACAAGGCCGUCACCGACUCGUUCAGAUCCGUAUACUCCAUCAACUCUGGAAUCGCCCAAGGAGCUGCAGUUUCAGUUGGCCGCUACUCGGAGGAUACUUACUACAAUGGAAACCCUUGGUACCUGGCCACCUUCGCCGCCGCAGAGCAGCUUUACGACGCUCUCUACCAAUGGAACGCCGUCGGAGCUAUCGCCAUCACUGACGUGUCUUUGGCCUUCUUCAAGGACCUUUAUUCCUCGGCAGCAACCGGAACAUAUCAGAAGGGCAGCACCCAAUACACCGCAAUCGUCGCAGCCGUAAAGACCUACGCCGAUGGUUACAUGACCAAGGCACAGGCAUACACACCUUCAAGCGGAGCCCUCGCCGAGCAAUAUGACCGCUCGAGCGGAUCGCCCCUCUCCGCCGCCGACCUUACAUGGUCAUAUGCUGCAUUCCUGAGCGCAAGCGACCGCCGCGCUGGUAUCGUCCCUGCCUCCUGGGGCUCGAUCAACGGCAACACGGUUCCCUCUGGCACCUGUGGAAACUCCGCAUACACCGGGUCUUACUCCAAGGCCUCGGUCUCAUUCCCCGCUAACCAGACUCCUGGGACAGCCGUGCCAACCUCCACGGCCACAGGAACGGCUACGGGAACUACAUCCGCGCCGGCUUCUACUUCUACUUCAUGCGUGGUUCCUGCCACGGUCGCGGUCACAUUCAACGAAGUGGUAACCACCGUCGUCGGCCAGACCGUCAAGAUCGUCGGAUCCAUCUCGCAACUCGGCAGCUGGAACACCGCUAACGCUAUCGCCCUGUCUGCCAGUGGAUAUACGAGCAGCAACCACCUCUGGAGCAUCGCGCUUAACUUGCCAUCUGGAACGACGUUCCAGUACAAGUUCAUCAACGUUGCGUCGAAUGGUGCGGUGACGUGGGAGUCGGAUCCUAAUCGCCAGUAUACGGUGCCAGCUACGUGUGAUACGACGGCUACUGUUGCUAGUAGCUGGAAGUGAGCGGAAAUCAUGAGGCGGAGAUGGAUGCGCGAGUCUGGGGGUUGCUUUUGAUUGUGAGAGCGAAUAGCGAAAAUAAACAAAGUCGGGCGGAUUAAGCGGGGUGGUUAUUAUAUAUAAGGGGCGAGUUCGUUUACUCUGUACAUAGAAUACCUAUUAGUUAUCAAAUGCAUGCGAGG